GUCAAACUACGACUCACAGCUACGUGUCUUAACAGGGUCUCAGUAGCCCGUUAAUGUGAAUCUCAUAAUGAUACUUAUUAAAGUUUCUAAAUUACAUACCACCAGGAAAGUUGCACUGAAAUUUGAUUACAGGAUUUUAUUGUUGCAGCCUGUUCAAAAUUACAGACCGCUAGAGAUGAUUAAUUAAAAUUUGGUUACAAGAUUUUCUGCCGGUACUGCUCUUACAUCCAAAUGGCCCAUGAUUUUACAUUCAUAUUGGGAGAGUUAACUUAAUCUAAAAUAGAUAGGAGUGUGCUGUAAGUUCUUAUGGUAGUCGAAAUAAUAUACCUACUACGUAUUCCAAUUGAAAAAAUAUGGAAGUUAUUGCGCCAAACGCGUCAAGUUCAGUACCAGAGCUUGAGGACUUAACCUGGGGCGACGAUGUUUUGUCGCUUAUGAUGGUCUGGUGUGGGGUUCAAAUUAAAGAUUUGAUUAGUCAGUUUGCGAUGUUUUUCUACAUCAUCAGCCCCACCGCAUCCAAGUUCGAAACGGUCGAAGAAGUGCCAGACUACUACAUUGAGGUAUCGACGUCAGCAAUGAUCCUGAUCAUCACAGAGAUGUUGGUGUGCCAAAGGUCUGCUCGGCUCCCGAGUUACCGGGCGUGCGACAUAUUCUGUUCACUGUGCAGCUCUACACUCUAUCUCUGCAUCUCUGCCCCCACCCACGCGAUGGCAGUGUACGCAUAUGAGAAGACUUACGAAUGGAGACUUCUUGAAAUGGAUUGGUGCUCAAAUACUGCCUGGUGGACUGCAAUAGUAGCAGUGGACUUCUGCUUCUACUGGUUCCAUAGGUUUACACACGAAACGAACAUAGGCUGGGCAGGGCAUCAGGUGCAUCACACCUCGGAGGACUUCAACCUGGGCACAGCUCUGCGCCACUCGGCCCUGCUGAAGACUUACUCGUCUUUCUUCUACCUACCGCUGGCAUUGAUUGGUUUUCCUAUCACAUUAGCAUUCACUCACUUACAGUUCAACAUAAUCUUCCAGUUUUGGCUUCACACCAAAACCGUGUCUACGGUGGGGCCACUGGAAUUGAUUUUUAACACGCCGUCUCAUCAUAGAGUUCAUCACGGUUCUGAACCAUGGUGCCUAGACAAGAACUACGCAGGUGUGCUGAUAAUCUGGGACAAAAUAUUUGGUACUUUCCAACCGGAGCUCAAGUCCAGAGAGAUCGUGUACGGCCUGGUGGAUCAGCCGCAAUCUGUCAACGCUGUGUACUUGGAGGUUUUCUACCUCAAGAAAGUUUACGAGAAAUUCUCCGAACAAACCACGUGGGCCGAUGGUUUGAAGUCGAUCUUCUACGGCCCCGGUUGGACGCCCGGGUCCCCGAGAUUGGGCCAUCCAGUUCCCCAGCCUCCUCCUCAGCAACCAACUCGCAAGAAAUAUGAUCCUAAACUUCCCAGAAGUCUUGAGCUUUACCUUUUCUUCCACUUCGUCAUUGCUGCUUUCAUACAGAAAAAUAUGACUAUACAUUUUUUGACCGUGUCAGGACUGGAGGUGGUUGUGAACUCCGUCUUCUUGGUCUCGACGAUGACGGUCAUUGGAGGCAUGUACGACGGGUGCAAAUUGGCGAUGAAACUGGAAGCAGGGCGAUGCGUUUUAUACUUUUUAUAUGCAGCCAGUUACCCUGCUUUCGAGAAUGUUUUCGUCAACAGAACUGUACUUGCAUAUUUGGCAUUCUCCAUCGUCCUUUGGACAGCACAAUCUCUCCGCGGAAAUCCUAAAAAUUUCUUUCUUUUCGUCAAAAACUUUAAAAAGAAAAGAUCGUAACCAAUCACGUACUUUUUCAAUCCGUUGAACUGUUGUAUCAGACGAGAAUUGAAUCAGUGGAAUCGUUUGACACGUCGACAAUGAUGAAUUAGGUAAGAACGUUAUAGAUAUUUGUGACAUGCUGGCUGAGCAUUGACAGUUUAAAACAUAGUAGACAUUGUCAAAAAUUGAAAAAAAAAUUCAAUAACGAGUCAAUGCUUCGUUGGUAAAUUCAUCAAAGUAGCCCGGUUACAGGAUACAGACGUAGAAAAUAUUUGAUUUAAUAUUCAGAACAUCAUUUUGAA